AUGAUCCUGGAGAAAGCAACUAAGCCGCAGCUGGCGCGUCUCGGGGAGUUGUUUCUCAGUGUUGAUGGUGUUGCAGCUGUUCCAAAAAACCCAAAAAAAAUCUCCAGAAAAGAAUAUUACGAUGCAAUCAUUCCAAAAGACACUGACAAGGAGCAGAUUGAUUUCUCCUCCAACUUAGACCCUUACCAUGCUUCAUUAGAAUCCCCCUUCCCACAGGGCGAGGAAGCAACCCCCGAAGAAAAGGAGGCCAGAGAAGAAAGUAACAGAGCCUUCCUCCUUAAUGAAGUUAGAAACGGUGAUAAACGGGGCAAGGAAAGCAACGGUAGGAAGAAAAGGGUUCAAGACACUUAUGCUCUUACCCCAGAAGAUGCCUUCUGGCAUACCCUUAACUUGUACCCAGUUAGCGAGAAAUCCCAUAAGAUGAUGGUAUCUAAUGAUUUCUUCAUUGAGGAAACACUCAUGGAGAAGACCAUAAAGGAAAAGGCCUUAGAAGCGUCAAAUGAGAAACAAGAGGCCCUCACUGCAACGAUGGAUCGUAUCGACUUCCACUUGGAAGAGGUCACCGACAGAGCCGACAAUCAUCAGAUUAGCAGAAACCACAUCGAUCAAGCUGAUGACUUGACGGAAUUAGUCAUUGGCAACGUGGCGCACUUCCCCAACAUCAAGAGUCAGGGAUGGAUUGAGGAGUUAGUUCAUUCUCACGGCGCAAUUCACAGGGCUGUCAGGAAUAUUCAGCCAGAGGAAAUCAUUCAAAGAAUGGAAACCAUGUUGGAGGAAAUCCGGUUCAGGAGCACUGGCGGGUUCUUCAGCCUUACCAGAAUGCCAAUUUCCCAAGGAACAUUCGUCCAAGUCAAAGUGAUUUAUAACACCAACACAAGAUUACCUGAAAAACGCUUUGAACAAUGGUUCUUGUUGCACUGUGACACCCUUAGAUCUUGGAAGGAAUAUGACAGCAAGAAAAAAGAGAAGAAAUACGCUAUCGCUAUAAUCGAUGUCGGGCUGAACAGGUUGCCUCCCCGUUUGCCAAACAAAGUAGCCAGACAGCUCUCAGAGGAUCCUACAAAGGACCCCUUAGCGUCGUACUAUCACCAAUUGAUGGCUUUGCCACUGGACCCUGAUGCAGAAAUCGAUAGAGCCCAAACAGUGGGCAAAGCGCUUGAGAAAAUACUUGCAAAGAGGAGCAAGUGA